AUGUUUAAUGCUACUCAACACCGCGGCAACCCCAAUCUUGGGCCUGCGCCCCCGGGCCAGCCCAAUCAUCGCCUCAAUGAAAUCAUGGAGUCCCUUCGCGCAGAAUUCGACAACCAGAGCCGUUCAUCCGAGCAGGUGGAAAACCAAGUUGCUCAACAAAUUCAGGAGAUGGAACUUAUUAGGAACAAAGUCUACCAAUUAGAGCAGAACCAGCUGAAAAUGAAGCAAGACUAUGAGGCUGAGAUUCGCAUGCUACGACAUGAGUUGGAGAUGCGCGGCGGUCCUCAAGUGCAGUCGCAUCUCGGUGGUCCUCCCCAGCAUGGUGGUCCUGCUCAAGCUCCUCCUCCUUCUUUGGGUCACGGACAAGGUGGUCUGUUCAGUGGAAUCAUGGCCAACCAAGGUCAAGGUGGUCCAGGGCUUGCUCCUCCUCCUGAACAGCCUCCUCCACAACAGCAUCCCCUACAGCCACCUCCACCACCUGCUGGACAGCCUCAAGGACCACCUCAGCCUCCCAACUCCUUUCCUGGAUAUCAGGGCCCGACCCUGAACGGCUAUGCGCCACAGCCACAACCUCCCACAAACUCGCCAGGAUUGGGCAAAAACCGUAACAUGGCCAACAGAGGCGCACCUGGUCCCGCCACUCCUCAACAACAUCCCAAUCAGCCUCAGCCUAUGCCAUACCCGAAUGAUCCCAGAGCUUCCCCACAAAUCCCUCGCCCAACUCCUCCCGGUAGCGACAUGCAGCUCCAACCACGUCACCCAGGACCUGGACAGAACGCAUUCCCUAACGUGGGCAACGUUUUGGCAGAGUUGAACCCGGAUGACUUGCCGGACUCCUUGAAGCGCCAAGGAGCCGAUUGGCACGCCGUGUUCAACCCUAACGUUCCUCGUGUGCUUGAUGUUCAGCUUCUGCACAAUCUGGUCCACGAAUCAGUAGUGUGUUGUGUCAGAUUUUCGGCCGACGGCAAAUAUGUCGCAACAGGUUGCAACCGCAGUGCUCAAAUCUUUGACGCCAGAGAUGGUCGUAAAGUGUGCGAGUUGUUGGAUGAUAGUGUUCAAGAUAAGGAGGGAGAUUUGUACAUUCGUUCGGUCUGCUUCUCUCCUGAUGGCAAGUUGCUUGCCACAGGCGCCGAAGAUAAGAAGAUCCGAGUGUGGGACAUCGAGAGCAAGCGUAUUCGAACGACCUUCGACGGACACGAACAAGACAUUUACUCACUCGACUUCUCUCGCACAGGUCGCUUGAUAGCGUCAGGAUCUGGUGACAAGACAGUCAGAUUGUGGGACAUUGAGUCCAACCAACAAGUGAUGGUCUUGUCGAUCGAAGACGGCGUGACUACGGUGGCAAUGUCUCCCGAUGGACGAUUUGUUGCUGCCGGUUCGCUGGAUAAGAGUGUCCGCGUCUGGGACUGUUCAAGUGGAUAUCUCAUUGAGCGGCUAGAGGGCGGCCAAGGCCACAAGGACAGUGUCUACUCUGUGGCCUUUUCUCCCAGUGGACGUGAGCUUGUCAGUGGUAGUUUGGACAAGACGAUCAAGAUGUGGGAACUCACACCUCAGCGUGGGCUGAUCCCAGCAUCGGCCUCCAAGGAUGGCAAAUGCAUUCGAACAUUCGAGGGCCACAAGGACUACGUGCUGUCGGUGUGCCUGACACCUGGAGGCGAAUGGGUCAUGUCCGGUUCGAAAGACCGUGGAGUACAGUUCUGGGACCCUCAAACCGGCAAUGCACAAAUGAUGCUUCAAGGACACAAAAAUUCCGUCAUCUCGGUGGCGCCAUGUCCUGCUGGACAUUUGUUUGCAACCGGUUCAGGAGAUAUGAAAGCUCGGAUCUGGCAAUACACCACCUGGCGUGGAGCUCACCAAGGAGGCAUCUAA